CACAGAGUGCAGCAGAGGAGGGAGAGAGGAUGUAGCCUGGCUCUAGCUGAACAGCAUCACACUGACUAACCACUGAAUCUGUGUAAUGCAGCAGAAUCAGUGACCGGACUAAAGAAAGGCACCAUGACUGUUGGAUUGAGACCAAUGAUUUUGCUGCUAUUGCUGCUCUGUUGUUGGCAACUUACCACAACCAAAGAAGGAAAAUCCACAAAGAAGGGAAAGAAAGGAAAGCAAGUCGUCUGUCCAUCGCAGUUGUCUCCAGAGGAUUUGGCCCAGGUUCCAGCGAACUCUACCUCCAACAUUUUGAAUCGUCUGAUGGUCAGUUAUGACCCAAGAAUAAGACCUAACUUUCAAGGGAUCCCAGUUGAAUCCAGGGUGAACAUCUUCAUUAACAGCUUUGGGUCCAUCCAGGAGACAACUAUGGACUACAGAGUAAAUAUAUUCCUUCGACAACGAUGGAACGAUCCCCGUCUACGACUUCCAACUGACUUUAAGAGUGAAGCUCUAACUGUUGAUCCCAAGAUGUUCCAGUGUUUGUGGAAACCAGACCUUUUCUUUGCAAAUGAGAAAAAUGCAAACUUUCAUGAUGUCACACAAGACAAUAUUCUGCUCUUCAUCUUCAGGAAUGGGGACGUCUUGAUCAGCAUGAGGCUGUCGGUGACGCUGUCUUGCCCCUUGGAUCUCACAUUGUUCCCAAUGGACACACAACUAUGCAAGAUGCAGCUGGAGAGCUUUGGCUACACCACCAGUGAUCUUGUGUUCAUGUGGCAGUCUGACCCGGUUCAAAUGGAUGAGAUUGCACUCCCUCAGUUUGACAUCAAGCAAGAGGAUAUAAAAUAUGGAAACUGCACAAAGUACUACCAAGGAACAGGAUACUACACCUGUGUUGAGGUAAUUUUUACAUUGCGGAGGCAGGUUGGUUUCUACAUGAUGGGAGUUUAUGCUCCAACACUGUUGAUUGUCGUUUUGUCCUGGUUGUCAUUCUGGAUCAACCCUGAUGCCUCAGCUGCAAGGGUGCCACUUGGUAUUUUAUCAGUACUUUCUCUAUCCAGUGAGAGUAUGUCCUUGGCUUCAGAGCUACCAAAGGUUUCCUAUGUAAAGGCUAUUGAUAUCUGGCUCAUUGCCUGUCUGCUCUUUGGGUUUUCAUCCCUGGUGGAGUACGCUGUGGUCCAGGUGAUAUUGAACAGUCCUAAACUGAUUGAGGAGGAGAAGGCUAAAAUGGCCACAAAAGAAAAAGCUUUGAAAGAGAAAGACGGAAAGAAGCCUUCAAAUAAAACCAACAACACCAUCAAUGGCACCGGUGGAACACCAAUGCACGUCAACACUCUGCAGGUGGUUGAAACGCGCUGUAAGAAAGUUUGCACUUCAAAGUCUGACCUUCGCUCCAGUGACUUCAGCAUCGUGGGAUCUUUACCUCGAGACUUUGAACUUUCCAACUUUGACUGUUAUGGUAAACCAGUAGAAGUUACAGGGGCCCUCAAGUCCCAAAACAAAGCCAACAAGAAACCACCACCACCCAAACCUGUCAUACCAGCAGCUGCCAAGCGCAUUGAUCUAUAUGCAAGAGCCCUAUUUCCCUUCUCCUUCCUCUUCUUCAAUGUCGUCUACUGGUCAAUCUAUCUGUGAGAGGGAGAAGAAUCAAAGAAUUUGUAUCCUAGGUACAGACUGGACAACCCUGACACUGAAACUACACUUUUCAUUGGUAAAUGAUAUAUGAAAGUCAAAUACAGGUCAUUCCAUAUAAAAAUCUGUCAAGUUAAAGAAAAGUUCCCGCCUUACCCUCUCAGAAUCAACUUUUUUUGUACAAUAUUUUUAGCAUUCUCAGUGAAGCUAUAAAAAAUAUCACUUUCAUCCUAUGAAUAUUUUCCAAGUUAUAGGCAAUCGAAGUACAUAAGGCUGCUUCAAACUUUGUUCAGUUUUGGACCAUCUCACCAUAUGACAUCCACUCUGGUUAAACUAAGUUAUAGCACGAAAGAUCUCCUUUUCACCUACAUUUACUACUUUGAUGUUCUAAAUGUGAUUUAUUCUUAGUCAGUCAUGUCUAAUACAGGCAUCCUUAUCAGCUGCCAGACGUUCAAUCUGAGAUUGUUUCCUCAACCAAUAAAGCCAUGAUACAGCCGCAACAUUGGACAAAGGUGCAAAAUGACCUUUGACCUUUUGCUGAUAUCAUGAGCAACCUUUCCAGUCUUGAUAAUCAUAAAGUCAUGAAAGCAGGAUUUUUCCACCUGUUUAUCAUGAGCAUGUGUGAUGCUUAGAUGUUGCAUAAAUUCACUCUAGAUGGGAAUAAAAGCUGAAGAGUCAACAGCCACAAACAAUGUGACAAAAACGUGGAUCUGGAUUCCUGUUCAUUUCUGGUGCUUUUACGAAGGAUAUGCACCACACGACAACCUAGUGUAGAAAUCUGCCAUGGAAAAGGCAUAUGUGAUGGAACUAGAAAUGCCUGCAGCCAGAGCCUGUUUGCAACAACCCAACAGUAAGCACAUCCUAACCCCAUGGCAUCGCUUUGAACAGUCUAACCCAUACAUCUCAGCAAUCAGUCAUGUUUCAGCCAGCAAUGUUACCAACAGGCCAAAGUUGGUGCAACAUUUGAAUCCAGCAAGAUACUGCAAGGAAGCCGUAACUGUCACUGUGCAGAGUGGAUAUAUUAUUGCCAAAAGGUCCUACACAAUCAUUUUCUUGGCAUCAAGGUUACACAUCAUCACCAUUGUUCCCAUCACGAUGAAGACAGGCCAACAGCACAAGGUGACAGAACAAAUCUUAAAAAUAUCACAGUAGAAUUUUUGAGAGUGGAUUAUUUGAGUUUGUGACACUUGGAGUAAUGUGUUAACCUGAUUUUACAGAGUUUAAAAGAGCUCAAAUGUGGUUUUCAGUGGCUUCUCUUUCCCCUUCUACUUAUGAAAUUUUAAGGGCUCAAAAAUACUGAAAGAAAAAAUAAGAUGUACUUCUAGUGCCCAUAACUUGGAAAAUAUUCCAAGUACUUUGUAUGGCUUCUUUAAAUAUGUUCAAGCUCUUGUACAAAAAAAUAUCAGUUGAUUCUUAAGGGGUCCAGGUGGGCCACACUAACUGACAUUUUCAUGGAACUGAACUCUGUGCUGGUAAAAUCCUGUUUCUAUGUUUGCAAUGCUUCAAACAUUACUGUGGUUUCUGGGAAUAACUGCAAAUUCUCACAACUACAAAACUUGACGUCCUUUUGCUUGAGUCCCCUUAAAGCCCGUACGUUCCGUAGGCACUGCAUGUGUGUCUUUGCCAAAUACAGGACAUUGUGCUAGUUAUAAACUACCGUAUUUUCCGGACUAUAGAGCGCACCAUACUAUAAGCCGCACCUACAAAUUUUUUGGAAAAAACUGGAAA